UGGACUAGGACUACCCCAUUUUGAAUUUUUGGAGCUUUUAUAAUCAGAUUAUGUUUGCACACUAUUGACAACAUUGAACUUCUUCUUCUUCUUCUUCUUCUUCUUCUUGUUCAUGGUUUUAUAAACUGUGAAGAAGCAAAUAUGGUUGCCCAAAAAUGCAGUUGUGUAGUUCUACUGGCGUUCAUGGCAGUAGCCUUACCUCCGGUGACUCUCCUCAUCGUCACUAGCUCCAACGACCUUUGGGAACUAAAAGUAGCAAUCCUAAACAUUGUACGAAGCCAUGAUAGAAAACCAUCAAGCAAUGAUAAUGUUACCAACUUUUACGAGGCCAACAUGGCGAGUGAGAUUAGUCCUAACUUAACGUCAUGUCACGACUCAUAUGGUCGAACAGACCUCCUAGUCAAUUGUUGCCCUCCACCCUCGGACAAAGCAACCGAUGUGCCCAUUGAUUUUCAAUAUCCUUCAAAAUUGUCAAGGCUUCGAGUCCGUCGCCCAGUACACCUCCUAGAUAGUGCAUAUGUUGCUAAAUACACUAAAGCUCUCACCAUCAUGAAGUCUCUUCCCCAUAGUGAUCCUCGAAGCUUCUCUCGCCAAGCAUUACUCCACUGUAUCUUCUGCACUGGUGCGUAUGACCAGAAAUUCUCAUCCGCCACAAUUAAUAUCCAUCGUCAGUGGCUCUUCUACCCUUACCACCGCAUGUACAUGUACUUCCACGAGCGAAUUCUUGGCAGCUUAAUAGGAGACGACACCUUUGCUUUGCCGUUUUGGAAUUGGGAUAAUCCUAACUCAAUGAUUUUCCCAAAGAUGUUUCUUAAAGAACCCUUCAUUGAUUCACAACGAGAACCUUCACAUUAUAGCCGCGUUGUUGACUUGAACUAUGAUGAAACAGGAAUUAUAUUAGAAAGAGAAGAACAAGUUGAUGCCAAUUUAGCAUUCAUGUAUAACCAAGUUAUCGCUGCUGCAAAGAGGCCUGAGCUUUUUAUGGGAUGCCCUUUGUAUCCAGGUAAGGAUGGGUUUUGUGAUGGACCUGGCACUGUCGAAAUGGCGCCACACAACACUGUCCACACAUGGGUUGGGCUUGCUUCGAAUCCUCAACAGGAGAACAUGGGAGCUUUCUAUUCGGCAGGUUGGGAUCCAUGCUUCUAUUCACACCAUGCAAAUAUUGAUCGAAUUUGGGAUGUUUGGAGAGACAUUCAUGGUAUGUACUUACCCAUAAAUGAUACUGUCUGGCUCAAAUCAUAUUUCUAUUUCUAUGAUGAGAAUCUCCAACUCGUGAAGAUUAAAGUUUCAGAUGUUUUGAAUACAACUAAGCUAGGGUAUACUUAUGAGAAGACUGAUCUUCCAUGGUUGAACAAGCGCCCUAAGCCCUUUGUGUCUCCAAACAUUGCCAAACAUACAUUGAAGGCUCAAGAGAAUUAUUAUAAGGAAACUUCAAGGUUACAUUUGUUUAGCAAUAAGCUAGAGGGUCGGAGUCUUGAACACCCUAUAACAGUAAAGGUUUAUAGGCCCAAACCUUAUCGAUCUAUAGAGGAGAUCAAAGAAGAAGAGGAGGUUCUUGUGGUUUAUGGAAUCAAAACUAAAGGGGAUGCAAAAGUGAAGUUUGAUGUGUACGUGAAUUUAGUAAAUGAGACGAAUGUGGGACCAACUUAUAGAGAAUUUGCUGGAACUUUUGUUCAUUCACCUAUGAGGAUUAAAACAAGUGAUGCAAAUAGGAAGUCUAAUUUGAAGUUAGGAAUAUCAGAAUUAUUGAACGAUUUGGAGGUGGAUGGAGAUGACAGUAUUUGGGUGACUAUUUUGCCUAAAACUAGCUCAUGUGUUGGCAUUACAAUUGAUGGAGUUCGAAUUGAUUACAUGAGAUAAAUAUGAUUAGUUAUCUUCUUAAUUAGCUCGAAUAUGUGUUGAAAUAAUGGUUUCUUUGAAAUAUGCGUCACAAAAAGCUCAUGAUAUGGAGAAUGAGAAUCAAGAAGGAAGUUCAUAUCACUUUGACAACAACUUUGUUGAACAAAUUUGUUUUUAUUAUUUAGCCAAGAAAAAGAUUUAGCCAUUAGAAAAAGAUUGUUUUGUUUUGUUUGUUUUUUUAUCACUCUUUAUUAUUUUUGUUAGGUGUGCUACCCUUAAAACAUGUAAUGAGUACUGUUAUCCUUGUUUUCCCCCGGGACACAUGGCAUGACAUAAUGGGUCCAUGGGCUCCCUCAAAGAGAUCCAGACCCAUCCUGAGCCUGAUGAACAGGGAAGAAGAAUGUCCUUGUAAUGCUCCAAAAUCCCUAAUGAGGUUUAAUGGUCGAAUUAGAAGGUUGGAAGGGCCAUAAUUGAUUUAUUAUGCCAUUAAAUGAUUUUAUACAUGA